UCAGUUUGUUGAGGUGGUAUUAAGGAGGCGAUAACUCCAGUAUUAGUUGACUUUUUAACAGCACGUGAGAGGAGAUGGCAAUUAUUAAAAUGCACCAGUUAUUAAUUUUCAGUAUUAUGUUUUGUAUAUCUUAUGGACAAAAUUAUAGACUUCUACCUCCAAAGAUUACAGAACCUGAUGUCGAGAAAACAAUAUAUUACAAAGCCCAGGAUGAAGUGAUAUUAGUAUGUCAAGCAGAAGCAAAUCCUCAAGCUCAAUAUGAAUGGAUGAAAGACGAUCAGACUAUAGUCAGUGACUAUAUAAAACAAGAUCCAAUUACUGGUGAACUGCAGAUAGCCUCUUUAUCUCGCAGAGAGAUAGGAAAAUACCAAUGUUUCGCUUCUAAUCAAAUUGGAACUAAAACAAUAAAAUCCAUGUCACCCGUCAUAACAGUCGACUUGGCAUAUCUAAACAGUUGGGUGGACACAGGUCUGCCUCCUCCAAGGAUACAAGCAACAGAAGGGGAAGCAGUUCAGCUGACAUGUGACAAUGUACCUUUAUGUAAUCCGCCUGGGCAGUUUAAAUGGUAUAAAGGUGACGACGAAAGUAGCGAAGUUGUACAGGAUGACAGAAUAGCUAUAGAUGCAGAGGGAACUCUUUAUUUCGUCUACGUAACAAAAGAUGAUGAUUUAAUUGGAUUAAGAUAUCAAUGUGCCAUUUUUAAUCGUCAUCUUAAUUCCGUUAAUUUAGGCAGUGGGAAGAUUUUAGAGAUUACGAAACUAAAUCCAAUUCCAGAUAGAGCACCCAGUGUGUUAUAUAGCAAACCAAAUCAGAAAGCUCUUAUUGGACAUUAUAUUGACAUACAAUGUAUCUUUGGUGGCAAGCCGAUACCAUCUAUAUCGUGGAAAAACAAUGAGUUACAAGCAAUUACAAGUAACUCUGAUAAAUAUGAAUUUAUCGACACUUUACGACGCGUUUUACGAGUUAAAAAUAUCCAGGAGUCAGACGAAGGAACUUUCACUUGUGAAGGUGCAAAUACUCAAACAAAUACAGCAACAACAGCUCUUAAUGUCACAUCUCGUCCUAUCUGGGAAAAGUCCUUAUCGUCAAUUACGGUUGCAGCAACAAGAGAUGCUAGUAUGACCUGUCAAGCAAAAUCAGUAAUAAGGGAGAAUCCACCAGGACCACCAGAAUGGUUUGAAAAUGGAGCCCCCAUUCCAAACGAUAAAUUUGACAGUGGUAAAUAUGUGUUCGGUAAUGAUCAACAGAUAUUGAAGGUGACAAAUCUUGUAAAACCAGAUGAUACUACAUGCUUCCAGUGUAAAGUUACCAACUCGGAGGGUUUUCGAUUUGCUGAUGGAUGUCUGGAUGUCAUAGAACCCAUUGUGAUUACAUCAAGACCUCCAGCUGUUCAGGAGAUAUUGAAAGGUGAUAUCGUCAAUUUGACUGUUAUGGCCCAGACUAACUCUCCAUGGCCGAUUCAGUAUAAAUGGUUCUUUAACAAUCAGACUUAUGAUGAUAAGCCACCUUUUGUUACUUACAAUGAAACAUCUAAAUACGCAUACAUCAACACAGAGGAUUUAUCGUUUGAGGAUUAUCGUACUAUUAAUGGAACGUACAUACGGAUGGUGUAUAAUGUACAUGAAAAAAUCAAUGUUACAAUUCAAGUUAUCUUGAAAGAAGUUGAAAAAUCCUGUUAA